AAAACCCACAACAAAAACCCCUGGACAGUGAGUUAGAGGUUAUUAGCUUCUGGUAACCCACUUCUUCCAAUCUGUUUUGUCAGUAUUUAUACGUAGGAGGCUUAACAGAACUCAUAUGUAAGAAAAAGUCUUGUUUUCUGAGGCUUCUGGGGCUGUUUUCAAACUGUGUGUGCAAGUGUGAAAGGAUACUACAUACCUCUGCUAUGGCAUCUCUGACAUCCUCCAGCCGCAGAUCCUCCUCGUCCUACCGCUCAUCAGCACGUUACAGCACCUCCAGCUCCUAUCGGUCAGAGGGCUCACUGGGCGGAUCAUCUGAUUCUCUUGACCCCCUUUUUGAGCCGUUUCUUGACUCUGCUGAUCAUUCCAGUCUGUUUGGAGAAGAAGGACCUGGGGGACCCAGCUGCUCGGCCCCCUUCAGCAGGCAGAACAGAUCCUCCUAUGGACUCAAUGCUCCCGUGGGUGGCGCUGUGACAGGUCGUCAGAGCAGUGCAGGCGGCGGAGUGCAUUGUCUGGGAGACAGCUACUACGUGUCUGCUGACGUCAGCCAGUUUGAGCCACAUGACAUCGUGGUGAUGGCAUACAAACACCAUGUCGUCAUUCACGCCCAGAAGGUAUUGGAUGAUGGAAGCGUCAGUAACACAUUCACCCAUAAGUCCCUGUUCCCGGAGGAUAUGGACCCCCUGUCGGUCAGUGGGAACCUUAACCCCAAUGGCACCCUGGUGGUGAGCGUUCGCCGAACCACAACACUCAGUGGCCCGGAGCCCCUGGGUGUUCCCACCUACCGCUGUGAAGCUCAUCUUUGACUUGUAGCCUCUUGAUGCUUCUCCUGGAACCUCAGCUACCAUUUUUUUCAAAUUGUUACUUUAAUAUAGUGUUGUCAGUGAGGUACAUUCACCUGUCAAGUCAAUAUAUCUUAACAACUGCUGGCCACAUUGCAUUGAUGGUUAAUACUAUUAUUAAUGAUUUAUUAUUGAUAUCCAUGAUGGUGACCCCUUGACCGUUUUCCUUUUAUCAACAUUUCAGAAACGUUGUUUUUGUGUCAAUACUUUAUUGUGUCAAACUAAGUUGUAUGAAAAUUUUUCUUAGACAUGCCAUGAAUAUGUUUUGUU